UGCAGCUGUUAUGGAAAGGCGUUAUUUGGUCACGUGACGAACCAAUUCAAAUGAUUCCAUCUCAAAGGACAACACGGGCUGUCUCUCUCCUCCUCCUUCCUCGUUCAAUAGGGGGAAUGCAACCCGACACGAUUGGCUGAACUGUACGGACUGUAUCCAAUCAGGAGCGGGGAAGCUGGGACCGAUCGCUGUGGAGCGCGACAUUCAAAGCCUGACUGAGACAUUAUAAGGCAGCGGGCAGCAGCCAUGGCCGGUAUAGUGCAGCCUCUGGCAGCCAGCAGGAGACAAAUGCCGCAAUACCGAGAACAAAGGCGAAAGAAAGUUGAGGAAAUAUUAUCCAGAAAGUUGUCCAUCCCAAAGCCUUCACAGCCAACUGAGCAGCCAGCAAUCCGGUCACCUUUAACAGAGACUGGUAAUAAAACUCUCCUUCAAAGAAUGGAAAUCCUUAAACCUGCCAUGCAGAAAAUGGCUAAUAAAGAGAAUGUUGUAAUUUGCAAUAAAAGAGAGGGCAUAAGUCUAACCACUGCUGUCAAGAAAACCGAUGCACCAAAAGCUAUUCCUGCAAGUGUGGCUGUGUUACCAAAACAUAACCGGCGAAAAGAGGGUCGCGGCAUGACAAUUGGUCAGCCUUUCUUAAAAACCAAAUUCUUUAACGAGCCACAACUAAAGGAUGAAAAGUUAAAAGUGGAGUUACGCAAAGAUAUUCUGGAGAAACCAUCAAAACCUGCACUUGGCGUUUAUCGUGGAAAAGUUGUUCAGUCCAAAAUUAACUCCUUUAGAAAUUCUUCUGAAAGAGCAAACGAACACAACCUGACAGAUGAGGUCAAACUUGGUGCAACUGCUCUGAAGGUAGCGGCAACAAAAAAGUCAAGUGCACCCGUGAAACAAAUGGCAAAGCCAGCUCCCGCCAGUAGCACAGAACAGAAAAGACCACCUGCUUCUAAGGUCAGAGCACAGGUGAGACCUUCUGCCAUUAUCACUAAGAGCAAGACUGAACCAGUGGUAACACACAGGCACACAACAUCUUCAAUCCAUUCAAAGCCAAAGAUCCAAACUUUGCUACAGAGACCAAAUCCUGUGGCACAACAAGGAAAGAUGGUAAACAAAAGUGAUCGGACAGCUCAUUUGAAGCCCGUUUCUGUACCUCAAAAAAAUAAACCUGCUCAACAACCAACUACUGGGAACAAAUAUUCCAGACCAAUAGAAACUGCAGAGCAAAGGAGGGCCCGUCUGGCAGAGUGGAGAGCUGCUAAAGGGAAGGUAAUAAAAAGGCCCCCAACUGCAGUACCAAAGUCUUGUACUACAAGCAAAGUGCCGGAAGAAAAAGAGUUGAAGAGUGAGUCCGAGCCACCAAGAGAGAUCGAAGAACCUCGCCAAUUGUUCUGGGCGACCAUGGCAGAAGAAGAUGAGCAGGAACUGUUUACACAGAAGGUUAACCAAAUGUUUGAAGAAUGCCAAAAGUUAAUUGAUGAGGACUGUCCAAAGGAGGAUGUUCUUGAACUACUGGAGACUCAAGUCCAGAGCCUUCCGGAAGCAAAAAAGCUUUCAAAGUAUUGGAUCUGUCUUGCACGUCUUGAGCAGCGAGAGGGGCAGCAUGAAAAAGUUAUUGCAAUCUGUGAGGAAGCCGCGAAAGCUGGAGCACAGCCAUUUGAUGAACUAAGAAGCAUUCUUGCUGAUGUUGUGGAAAAAUUGAAAGCUGCGUCUUUGGAUUGCGGGAAGGAUCUCAAAGAUGAAGUCACGACCAAUGAAGACACUGCAAAAGCAGAGGAAUCUGAGCGUGAAGUUAAAUCUGAACCUGUUGAACAGAGAGGCGUCACUGUCCGAGUCAAAGGCAAAAGAGGAAAGAAGGGAAGGCCUGUUAAGGAAGAAGACAGAGAUGAGCCACCAGAGAAAAAUCAACCGGCUAUGCUGGUGACCCCAGAAAAAGAGAAUGCUACGGUUAUAAGAUUUAAUGUUCGAUCAACUCCACAUCUAGAGAAAAUGAAGACUAGAAUUCAUGUGGAUGAAUGUGAUUCCGCUUUUAAGGACUUUAAGUUCAUAACUCCAGUAAGACGCUCUCACCGGAUUGAACGCAAUUCGCAUCACCUUCCAGAUAUGUUGAAAGACCAUGACCCAUGUGUUUCUGGUAUUUCUGAACUGGCUGACUUGGAGUCCUGUCCUAGUGCCUAUAUAUUCAGGAAAAACCAAGCGCUCACUGAAAUUACAGUCAAAAGUGUUCCUCUCAAAAGACAAACAAAACGUACAUAAAGGCAUGGACUUGCGCAAUCUGUCUUUAAGUUAAAUAUUAAUGUUUGGGCUGCAAGCUUAAAUUAAUUGAAUAUUCUACAGAUCUGUGGUAAAGGAACCUAUUUUUCCAGUUGCAGAACUGCAAAUCUAUAGGGGAUUACAUUAGUCCAGGUCAGACAUGGCAAAAUGAAAGCCUUAGACUGACUGUACAGCAAGUUUGGCUACUACUAAAGCCCUGCUUUGUGAUUCGAUUUACUCUCACUCGAGGUGAUAGUUUUGUUUACUUGCUGAACUUUGCCAUGAUAAAGUAAAGAUCUUUAUAGG